CUCCCAUCUUCCCGGAUCAGUGGACGUGCUCACCUUUGCUCUGGGCCAGGUCUAUGUCCCGGUUUCCCGCCGUCGCGGGCAGGGCGCCAAGGCGGCAGGAGGAAGGUGAGCGGUCAAGAGACCUUCAAGAAGAGCAGCCCUCGGCUGGUAACAUCUCUGAUAGAGAAGAAAAAGGAUGCACAUCACAGGAAGGAGGAACUACUCCAACUUUUCCUAUUCAGAAGCAAAGAAAAAAGCUUAUCCAAGCUGUGAGAGACAAUUCAUUCCUUAUUGUUACUGGAAAUACAGGAAGUGGUAAAACAACUCAACUUCCAAAAUAUCUGUAUGAAGCAGGAUUUUCACAACAUGGUAUGAUUGGUGUAACUCAGCCACGAAAAGUAGCUGCCAUAUCCGUUGCUCAGAGGGUUGCUGAAGAAAUGAAAUGCACUUUGGGAUCCAAAGUAGGAUACCAAGUUCGUUUUGAUGAUUGCAGCUCUCAGGAAACAGCAAUCAAAUACAUGACUGAUGGAUGUUUAUUGAAACAUAUUCUGGGAGAUCCAAGUCUUACCAAAUUCAGUGUCAUCAUUUUGGAUGAAGCCCAUGAAAGAACUUUGACUACAGAUAUCUUAUUUGGUUUAUUGAAGAAACUGUUUCAGGAGAAGGCUCCUAAUAGGAAGGAGCAUUUAAAGGUGGUGGUGAUGUCAGCAACUAUGGAAUUAGCCAAGCUGUCUGCUUUCUUUGGAGAUUGCCCAAUUUUUGACAUCCCUGGAAGACUUUAUCCUGUCAGAGAGAAAUUCUGCAAUUUGAUUGGUCCACGAGACAAAGAAAACACUGCAUAUAUUCAAGCGAUUGUGAAAGUGACCAUGGAUAUCCAUUUGAAUGAAAUGGCUGGCGAUAUCUUGGUUUUUCUCACUGGCCAGUUUGAAAUCGAAAAAAGUUGUGAAUUGCUCUUCCAGAUGGCUGAGUCUGUAGAUUAUGAUUAUGAUGUUCAAGAUACCACUCUAGAUGGCUUACUAAUAUUACCCUGUUAUGGAUCUAUGACAACAGAUCAACAGAGGAGAAUCUUUUUGCCACCUCCACCUGGAAUUAGAAAAUGUGUCAUAUCCACCAAUAUUUCUGCAACAUCUUUGACAAUAGAUGGAAUCAGAUAUGUGGUAGAUGGUGGCUUUGUGAAACAAUUAAAUCACAACCCCAGAUUAGGCUUGGACAUCUUGGAGGUGGUUCCAAUUUCAAAGAGUGAAGCAUUACAGAGAAGUGGCCGAGCUGGUAGAACUUCCUCAGGAAAAUGCUUUCGAAUCUACAGUAAAGAUUUUUGGAACCAGUGUAUGCCUGACCAUGUGAUCCCUGAGAUUAAGAGAACUAGUUUGACUUCUGUAGUUCUGACCUUAAAGUGCCUUGCCAUACACGAUGUUAUAAGGUUUCCCUAUUUAGAUCCACCUAAUGAGAGACUUAUUUUGGAAGCUCUUAAACAACUUUACCAAUGUGAUGCUAUUGACAGGAGUGGCCAUGUGACCAGAAUGGGUUUGUCUAUGGUCGAAUUUCCUCUCCCUCCCCAUUUGACAUGUGCUGUAAUAAAGGCUGCUUCUCUAGAUUGUGAAGAUCUGCUACUUCCAAUAGCAGCAAUGUUGUCUGUAGAAAAUGUCUUCAUUAGACCUGUUGAUCCAGAGUACCAGAAAGAGGCAGAACAAAGACAUCGAGAACUGGCAGCUAAAGCUGGAGGAUUUAAUGAUUUUGCAACAUUAGCUGUCAUUUUUGAACAAUGCAAAUCAAGUGGAGCUCCAGCUUCCUGGUGCCAAAAACAUUGGAUUCAUUGGAGGUGCUUAUUUUCUGCAUUUCGUAUAGAAGCUCAACUUCGAGAACUAAUCAGGAAGCUUAAGCAGCAAAGUGAUUUCCCAAGAGAGACCUUUGAAGGUCCUAAGCAUGAAGUACUACGAAGGUGUCUUUGUGCAGGCUAUUUCAAAAAUGUAGCUCGAAGAUCUGUUGGGAGAACAUUUUGCACAAUGGAUGGACGUGGAAGCCCAGUUCACAUUCAUCCUUCCUCAGCACUUCAUGAACAGGAAACCAAACUUGAAUGGAUUAUUUUUCAUGAGGUAUUGGUUACUACCAAAGUCUACGCAAGAAUUGUGUGUCCAAUUCGUUAUGAAUGGGUGAAAGACUUGUUACCCAAGUUGCAUGAAUUUAAUGCUCAUGAUCUGAGCAGUGUGGCCCGACGUGAAGCAAGAGAAGAUGCAAGAAAGAGGUGGACAAAUAAGGAAAAUGUAAAGCAAUUAAAAGAUGAAAUAUCAAAAGAAGUCCUGAAGAAAAUGCAAAGAAGAAAUGAUGAUAAGUCUAUAUCAGAUGCACGCGCUCGUUUCCUAGAGAGAAAGCAGCAGAGGACCCAGGAGCACAGUGACACAUUGAAGGAAACAACCUAAGAAGUGGCCCCUCCAGUUCAGGAAGUUGGAA